AUGGCAUCUCCAACACCCAACAGACAAAAUCCUCAAGCACCUAAUAAGCUUUUUCAAUUCAAGCUUGUUUUAUUGGGAGAAUCAGCGGUUGGUAAAUCAAGUUUGGUGAUGCGAUUUGUUAAAGACCAAUUUGAAGAUUAUAAAGAAAGUACAAUUGGAGCGGCAUUCCUUACGCAAACAAUUAAUAUUGAUGAUAAGACGACAGUUAAAUUCGAAAUUUGGUAA